ACGUAUAAUAUAUAUACUCCAAAAUAGUCCGUGUUUCACGCAACUACCUGCAUGCUAGGCUGCUAUCUCCUGCCGACCAAAAAGCCUCCGGAUGAACAAUGAACAAAGCCAUGGUUGUAUAGCUGGGUACAUCCCCUACACCGCCACUCAGCCCUUCUCCAAUAAUUCACGCGCACGUCAAUUCAUGAGUCUUCAAGGAUCUCCCCGCAAAAAAUCUGCAAUUUUUUUAUUUAUACAUACACUACACCUUCCCCUACGCCCUCCGGGCUGCGGAGUCCGGCCGCCAGACGGUAGUUUGGUCCACUUUUCUAUUCAGCCCCCUCAUCUCUUCGUCUCUCCACCCAUGUUAAUGAUACUGCUCGUCGUCAAUCUCCCCUCUCACACGGAGCAGUAGAAAAAUCCCAUCCAUCCCGGUUUCUUAUUCAGCCUAGUCCCUUCGGAGACCGAAUCAAACCCAUUCGUGAUCGGUGGAUUGCUUCCCGCCUCUCGGAGGUCGGUUCCAUCUGUUAAUCAACAAAUCCCAAACUUCUCGCCCGACAAAUCCGUGCGGGCUUGGUGAAGCGGGGUAAAUUGGUCCAGUAGACGUCGGUCCAACGAAGUCCCCGUCCCUCGCCGGAAUUCCAGGCCGUUCUUGUUGGGGCAGUUGAGGAUUUGGUGCGUCUGAUCGGAGGCGUGGGGGAGAUAAGGCCUCGGCGGACGUUGGCUCGUGCUCUUUUUCGACGGGCGGAGGCUAUCCCGUCGGAGAGGUUAAAGAGUUCGGUGUUUCGUGUUUGGUGGUACGGUAGAACUGUAGAUUAAUCUGUACUGUGUGAAGAAAAAGAAGAAGAAGAUUCGGUUUUGGAGUGGAAUUGUGGGCUGUAGUCGAAUCGCGAGGAAGAUGAGUUCCGGGUCGGCGGUGACAGGCGGUGGUGCGGAGGAGGCGGCGGCGGUGCCGCUGGGGCAGAAGUUGAUGGUGCACGUGGCGGAGAACGGCCACACCUUGGAGUUCCAGUGCGGCGGCGACACGCUUGUCGAGGCCAUCCAGCACUCCAUCCACCACCUCUGUGUCAUACCGCCCAGCGACCAGCUCCUCCUCUGCGGCAACACCUCCCUCGACGGCGCCAACGCGCUAGCCUACUACAAGCUUCCGCGUGACGACCGUGAGGUCUUCCUCUACAACAAGGCCCGCCUCCUUGCGGACUCCCGCCCCCCGGCGCCGGAGUCCAUCUACAUCCCUGAGCCAAAUAUUCCACCACCACCGCCCCGGCCGCAGGACUCAUCACCUGUGGGCGCAUCUGCAGACCCGGCUCUGAAGGCUCUGGCGGCUUCUGCGGGAGGGGCAGGUGCAGGAGCGAGCGCUGGACACAGCACGGAGCAACCUAGAGCACACGUUCCGGAAGCUCUCACAGCGGUACUCAGAAUUCCUGCGGUGCUUCACGCAGCAGCACCGUUCACAUGUUGAGAUGCUGGCCAAUUUCGAGAGAGAUGUGCAGAAGCUGCGUGCUGUUAGGCUGCACCCAGCGCUGCAAAGCGAGGGGAGGCAUUGCUUGAUGGACCUUCUCAAGGAGAAUGACCUGAGGAAACUGGCUGACGGAUGCUUGAGCUCACAUAAGAAGUUUGAGGUCAAGGUGUCACAGCUGAAGGCAAACUUCUUGGAGCUGAAGAAGAGGGUGGAAGGCUUAUUCAAUGCCAUGAACUCAGGUGGGUGCAAGGAUGUUGAGAAGCUUAUAAAGGAGCAUCAGGGAGUCAUUGGUGACCAGAAGAUCAUCAUGCAGGCUCUAAGUAAAGAUGUGGACACCUCAAAGAAGCUUGUCGAUGACUGCUCAAGUUGCCAGCUAUCUGCUUCUCUCCGUCCUCAUGAUGCAGUCUCAGCCGUUGGCCGUAUCUAUGAAAUACAUGAAAAUGAUAACUUGCCCAGCAUACAGAAUUUUGAUCACAGUCUAACAAAAUUGCUUGAGAAAUGCAAGGACAAGAAGAAUGAAAUGAAUACUUUGGUCCAUGUUUGCAUGCAAAGAGUAAAAUCUUCUCAGAUUAGCAUCAAAGGCAUGAUGAGUGAGCUCAUUGCGUUCCAAGAGGUGAUGGGUCAUCAAGAAGAUUUUGAUAAUCUGAAAAUAGUCAGUGGCUUGGGUUAUGCAUAUAGAGCUUGUGUUGCCGAGGUAGCCAGGAGGAAAUCAUAUUUUAAGCUGUAUACUGGAUUUGCUGGAAAACAUGCCGAAAAGUUGGCAAUCGAGUGUCAAAACGAGAAAACAAGACGAGAGGAUUUCCAUAGGACAUGGAGCAGGUACAUUCCAGAUGGUGUCAUGUGUUCCAUGGGGCUCUUUGAUUCUCCAAGCCAGUGUGAUGUAAAAGUCGCUCCUUUUGAUUGUGAUCUUCUUCCCAUUGAUGUUGAUGAUGUGGAAAAGCUUGCUCCCCAGUCUAUACUGGGGUCUUUUCUGAAAUCUGAGAGAUCACAGAUAGCAAAGCCUUUGCUAAGCAAUUCUAGUAUCAGUGGAAAUUUGAACAAAUCUGAGCAAAAUUCUCUGAGCGCUGACGAUAAGAUGGAUUUCCAAGAUUUUCUGGGGGGCUAUGAUACUAUUGACAUUGCAGGAACUAGUAAGUUAGAAGUGGAAAAUGCCAGGUUAAAAGCAGAACUUGCUUCUGCAAUUGCAGUUCUCUGCAAUAUCAGUGCUGAAUAUGGAUACGAGUCUAUUGACGAAGGGCAAAUUGAUGCUGCAUUGAAAAAAGCAAGGGAAAAAACAGCUGAGGCACUUGCUGCAAAGGAUGAGUUUGCUUACCAGCUUCAGUCAUUGCUCACUGCAAAGCAGGAAAAAUGCCUGGCAUAUGAGAAGCGGAUCCAGGAUCUUGAGGAACGCUUAGCCAACCAGUACAUUAAAGGUCACAUGGUGUCAGGAAGCAAAGACACUUCUGGUUCCCUGCUUUCAGCAUUUAAAAGUAAUGACUGCAACCUGGAUGUAUCUGGAGGAAGGCAAACCCAAAUACGUGAUGAAUCAAGUGUGGCCAUGGAUGAGGCCUCUUCAACAUCUGAACAGCCAUCUAAACAAGCAGAAGGUGGCGAUGAGAAUAUGACUGACAUUUCAGGUGCACUGAACUUGCAGUUGCUUGAUUCAGCAGCAUGUACUAAUCUGGAUGCUUUCAUGACAGAAUUGCCACGUGAUAAUGAACAUAAGAUUGUAAACAUUGAUAAGGAAGGGCACAUGUUGACACAACUUACUAUGGCUGAUACUUCUGAUGUCCGUAUAGAAGAUCCUCUUAGCAUCUUAAACUCAAGAACUAAUGAGCAUCACACCUUAGAGUUGAGGAAUAAGGAGCUCCUUGUGUCAGAGCUGCAAAGUACCCUAGAUCAAAAGUCAAAGCAGUUGGGUGAAACUGAAAUUAAACUUAGCGCUAUGAUGGAUGAGGUUAACUCCCUGAUGAAAGAACUUGAACAAAUCCGGGGUCUUCUUGAUGAAUCUCAGAUGAAUUGUGCACAUCUUGAAAACUGUUUACAUGAAGCAAGAGAAGAGGCCCGAACAAACAAAUGCUCAUCUGACAGAAGGGCUGUUGAGUAUGAUGCUCUGCGGUCAUCUGCUUUGAGGAUACAUGGUUUAUUCGAAAGGCUAAAUAAUUGUGUCACUGCACCAGGCAUGACUGGUUUUGCAGAGUCACUGCGUUCUCUGGCUCUUUCCUUGGCAAGCUCUGUAAAGAAGGACGAAGCUGAUACCACUGUACAGUUUCAACAAUGCAUCAAGAUCCUGGCAGACAAAGUUUAUUUACUGACACGACAGAGUGCUGAGCUGCUAGAACGCUAUUCAGCUAUGCAGGCGGUACAUGGAGAUAUCACAAAAGAGUUGGAUUUGAAGAAAGUGCUGAUUAAGAAUCUCUACAAUAAACUUCAACAAGAAAAACAGGCCAGCAAGGAGAAGAUAUCAUUUGGUCGGUUUGAAGUCCAUGAGCUUGCUGUCUUUUUUCGAAACUCUGCUGGGCACUACGAGGCGAUCAACCGGAACUACCCAAACUACUUUCUGUCUGAGGAAUCUGUCGCCUUGUUCACCGAGCACCACCUGCGGUACCCAGCGUACAUAAUCGGGCAGAUCGUUCACAUCGAGCGGCACAUAGCGCACCCAGGCCAAAUGAGAGGAGCUCCACGCCCUGAUAGCAGUGGCGGCCGUCGGUCGCCCGCAGCCAUGCUCACCCCCUACAACCUACCUGGGGGCCGUGAGUACUUCGUGGUGACUGUUGCCAUGCUGCCUAAUGCUGCCCGUUGAAACAAAACACCUUCCUGAUCCUGCCUGACAAUGGUCUGCUGAAAUGAUGGGGGAAAACUUUCAACUGUAUAUAUACUGAAAUUUAUUACUAUACUCUCAAUUCUCAGUUGCUUCCUCAAGUUAUGUUUGUAUAUAUGAUCAUCUUCACGGUGUAAAAAGACUCGGCUACUGAUGCUAGGCAUCUCUUCGUUCAAGCAGACUGAAUAUUCUUUCAGCUAGCAUCACAUUAUUGUUCCUUCAAUUGGAUCUAUCUUUUUCGUAAAAA